AUGAACAUUGAAGGUCAUGUCAGAAACUUUGAAACACAUGAACUACCAGCAAUGUUAGAUAAGAAAGCAGACAAAAAUCAUACACAUAACUCCUUCUCAACUGUUGCUAUAGAAAGUAUUGAAGGAACGGUUGGCGGAACUGGUGGGGAGGGCGGAGUCACGUCGCACGCGGCUGCAUUAUAUUAUAAACCUCCUAACUUUCCACAAGGUUUAACAUCGAAUGAAAACAUAACAACGAAGAAAGAAAUUAGCUGUAAAAAUGUUUAUGUCAUGGACGAUGAAAAUAAUGUUAAAUUCACUGCUCAAGAUUUAUAUGAUAAGAAAGCUGACAAAACAGAGCUUCAAACAUUAAAGACUGAAAUACUUCAAACAUUAUAUCCUAUAGGCUCUAUUUAUACGUCAAUGAACUCAACAAAUCCAGCAAGUGUUUUAGGUUUUGGUACAUGGCAGCAGAUUGUAGACAAAUUCUUAUACUGUGCUAACUCUUCAAAGCAAACAGGAGGUUCGAAGAAAAUUACUGAAGCAAACCUACCUGCGCACACUCAUACAGGAACGACAAACUUUUCUGGCGACCAUAGCCACUCAUUAAGAGACCACCCAUUAUACAACUCAGACUAUAAAGCUGGCAAUGACGUUUUAUCUCCAUCUUAUAACAAUUCAGCAAAAAAGACUUUUCGACCAACUGAACCAGGAGGAAAUCAUGUCCAUACUUUCACAACAAAUCCAACAGGCUCGGGUGAAGAUUAUAUGCCACCAUUUAUGACUGUAUUCGCAUGGUACCGCGUUCAAUGA